UCGGAGACUGUCUCUCCAGGCGGCGCUCCCGCGUGACUGCGCUUUACAUAAUCGCGGCCUCGCGCGUCACGGUGGCGUACGCCAGUUCAGACCCAAUCAGAGUCGUCCAAAGCCCCGUGUUCCGUCCCUUCCUGCUUGAUCGACGCCGACCUGAACCAGUGAACGGGCGUCUGGCGCUGUCUCGCCCGCCCCGGUCCCUGCCGGCCCACUCCCACCCUCCCGCCUGCCGCAACCCCUGCCUGCCGCCGCCUCCGCCGCCGCAGCCGCCGCCAGGUUGUGCCUCAGACUGUCAGAUAAAGCGGCGGGCCUGGCCGGCGGGGCGGGGAGCACGGCCCAGGCCGGACAUGGCGGCUCUCUACGCCUGCACCAAGUGCCACCAGCGCUUCCCCUUCGAGGCGCUGUCUCAGGGGCAGCAGCUGUGCAAGGAAUGUCGGAUUGCCCACCCCGUGGUGAAAUGUACCUACUGCAGGACUGAGUACCAGCAAGAGAGUAAAACCAAUACAAUAUGCAAGAAAUGCGCUCAGAACGUGCAGUUGUAUGGAACGCCCAAACCAUGUCAGUAUUGCAACAUCAUCGCAGCGUUUAUUGGCAAUAAAUGCCAGCGCUGUACGAAUUCAGAGAAGAAGUAUGGACCACCGUAUUCCUGUGAGCAGUGCAAGCAGCAGUGCGCAUUUGACAGGAAAGAUGAUAGAAAAAAGGUUGACGGCAAGUUGCUGUGCUGGCUGUGUACGCUGUCGUACAAACGCGUCCUGCAGAAGACCAAGGAGCAGAGGAAGCACCUGAGCAGCUCUUCCCGGGCCAGCCACCAGGAGAAGGAGCAGUACAGUCGCCUGAGUGGCAGUGGCCAUUACAACAGCCAGAAAACACUUUCUACAUCUUCAAUUCAAAAUGAAAUCCCAAAGAAAAAAUCCAAGUUUGAGUCAAUCACAACUAAUGGAGACAGCUUUUCUCCAGACCUGGCUUUGGAUUCCCCAGGCACUGACCACUUUGUCAUCAUUGCCCAGCUGAAGGAAGAAGUGGCUACUCUGAAGAAGAUGUUGCAUCAGAAGGAUCAAAUGAUUUUAGAGAAAGAAAAGAAGAUUACAGAGUUAAAGGCUGAUUUUCAGUACCAGGAAUCUCAGAUGAGAGCUAAAAUGAACCAGAUGGAGAAAACCCACAAAGAAGUUACAGAACAAUUGCAGGCCAAAAACCGAGAGCUGCUGAAGCAGGCAGCUGCCUUGUCCAAGAGUAAGAAAUCCGAGAAGUCUGGAGCCAUCACCUCACCGUGAAAGACCGCAAGGAGACACUCCAGCGACAGCAAAUGGGAGUCAGUCGUCAUGGGUUAGAGUUGGAGACCUGGCUGUUCUCUGGGAAUUGCAAGCUUUCUUAAGAAAUCUCUAUUUUA